AUGACCGCCUCCGCCGCGAUGUUCUACCGCUCGCCCUCGGCCAUGUCGCCGCCGUCCAAAGGCAAGUUCAAGCGGCAGAGCCGGAUCUUCUCCCAGGUCUUGCACCGGACUCUGAGCUACAAGGACCGCCUCUCUGUGGCCGCUGGCCCGGCGGAGGGCGGCGAGGACCCCUCCGAGCUCUCCACCCAGGCCUCGGCCCCCGGGGUGCUCAAGAUCUUCGGGGGCGCCGUCUGCACGGGGGCCCACUACAAGAGCGUCCUGGCCACGGCCAGCUCCAGUGCCCGGGAACUGGCCAAGGAGGCCCUCGAGCGCUACGGGCUGAGCCAGGUCAGCGCGGGGCGCUACGUCCUCUGCGACGUCGUGGGGCGGUUUGGGGGCCCCGAGAGGCAGUGGCAGAUGGAGGGGCUGAGGGUCCUGCAAGACCACGAGAAGCCGCUGCUGAUCCAGGAGCUCUGGAAGCCGCGCGAAGGAUGCUCCCGGAGGCUGGAGCUUCGGAAGCGGGCAGAAGUGGAGGAGCUGGCCUCCAGGGACAAAGACACCGUCACGGCAGGUGAGGAAGAAGCCCCUGGGCUAUUGGGGCUAUUAUUAGUGGUAGUAUUAGUGGUAGGCUUCUGGGGGUCCGGGAUGGAAGAAGAAAAGAAGAAGAAUUUGGAUUUGAUAUCCCGCUUUAUCACUACCCGAAGGAGUCUCAAAGCGGCUAACAUUCUCCUUUUCCCUUCCUCCCCCACAACAAACACUCUGUGAGGUGAGUGAGGCUGAGAGACUUCAGAGAAGUGUGACGGGCCCAAGGUCACCCAGCAGCUGCAUGUGGAGGAGCGGGGAAGCGAACCCGGUUCACCAGAUUACAAAUCUGCCGCUCUUAACCACUACACCACACUGGAAAAUACGCCCAGGAAGGCCACCACCUUCCCAAGACACCACGGCGUCUCUCCAGUGGUCACUCUCUGGCUGUAAAUCUUCCUUAGUCCAGAGAGACCGGUGAUAAGUGACCCCUCCCUCCUGAGAGGAGCACGGUCAUCUUCUGGCAUCUCAUAGCAGAAGAAAGAGUCAAUCAGUAGCUCUAAAACUACUUUAUUAACAGUCUAUAUACAAAGAAUCCAUCAGCAUGUCUGUGCUCUUUCAGCACCAGUACAGAACAGCAUCACAUACAGAAGUGAAACUAAACUCUUCAGCAAUAUUCCAACAGUCCUGAGACUUCCUGUCUCAUGCUCUCAGACACUCACAUGAUAUAAACAACAUAGUGCUACUUGCUGAGGUAGAUAAAAAUCCUAACAGGAGGUAGGUCCAGGGCGGCUGCCCUACCAAGCUCCAUCUGGUAUACUGGCUGAGACCAUACCCUCCAACGUUUCUCCGAUGAAAAUAGGGGCAUCCUAUCCAAUAAUAAUAAUAAUAUUAAUAAUAAUAAUAAUACAGUGGUACCUCUGGUUGCAAACGGGAUCCGUUCCAGAGCCCCAUUCGCAACAUGAGCAGAACGCAACCUGCAUCUGCACAUCUGUGCGUGCACGGGUCGCGAUUCACUGCUUCUGCGCAUGCGCUUGACGUCAUUUUGCAUGUCUGCACAUGCGUGAGUGGCAAAACCCGGAAGUAACCCUUUCUGGUACUUCCGGGUCGCCACAGGACGCAACCUGAAAACGCUCAACCUGAAGCAAACACAACACGAGGUGUGACUGUAAUAAUAAUAAUAAUUUUAUUACAGUGGUACCUUGGUUCUCAAACGCCUUGGUACUCAAACAACUCGGAAGCUGAACACUGCAAACCCGGAAGUAAGUGUUCCGGUUUAUGAACUUUUUUCAGAAUCUGAACAUGCUCCGUUUUGAGUGUUACGCUUCCGAUUUGAGUGCCACGCUUUUGUUUUGAGUGUUACGCUGAGGUCUGUCAGUUUUUGCUAUUUAUUUUAAGCGUUUUGUUUUUGUGUUUCUUUUUGUGACUCUGUGGAACCCAGUUCAGCCAAUGAUUGAUUGAUUGUGUGUGUGACUGCAGUACAUUGAUUGUUGCUUUCAUUUUAUGGAUCAAUGUUCUCGUUAGAUAGUAAAAUUCAUGUUAAAUUGCUGUUUUGGGGGUUGCUUUUAAAAGUCUGGAACAGAUUAAUCCGUUUUGCGUUACUUUCUAUGGGAAAGCACAUCUUGGUUUUGGAUUGCUUUGGUUUUGGAACGGACUUCCGGAAUGGAUUAAGUUUGAGAACCAAGGUCCCGCUGUAUUUAUAUCCUGCCACUUCCUUGGGGAGAGAACUAUUAUUAAUGAAACUUCUAUAUCACCUUUCAGCUGAAGCCUUCAGCAUGGUUUACAACACAAAAACACAACAUUUCCAGGGAAGCCACAAGUCACAUAUUUGGAUUCAGCACAGAGCAGCCGUUGUUCUGUGUCUCCAGCUUCCAGCAUCAGCCAGAAACCCACAUAGUCCACUCUCUUAUACACAACCCACCUUGGUCUACUCUUCUCCAACUAUGCAGUGACAUUUCUAUGGGAAAAAACCCACAUGCAUGGGAAGGUGGGCUGGGGAGCCAGUUUGGGUCGCAAACACCAGGGAGAACCACGGCCGCCGCUGGUCUCUCGCCUGCUUCACAUGCAUUCAGUCUGCUUUGUUUUCACAAUAAUUUGCAAUUAUUUCUGUCUGUCUGUCCAGAAAUGCAAACAUUGGAAGAAAAUGCAUUGUGCAAUAUGUAUUUAAAUAUGUAUUACUAAACCUGUUUUCGCAGAGAGAUGUGUUUUCCAAAUGCACUUUGAGGCCUGAUUUGAGCAGAGGAGUAUCCAAAGCAUAAUAUUUGGCUGGUGGUUGCAAUGUUUUCCGAUCUGUGAAUUAACCCCGGUUUAUGCGAAUCAGGCCAAUUCACAAAUCUAAUCCCUUCACCCCUGGACUGGGCUCUCCUCCUUUGCACAUUCCACUUUCCCAGGCAUUUCCCUCCCACAACCAGCGAUGGCAAAGAGACCCCAGCCACUUUCUGUACCUGCAGCGAAAAGGCCACCUGUUUCUUUUCCCCCGCUAAGAUAAUGAGUUUUCCUGUGGCCUGCUUGGCCCUUUUAGGUCACAAAGACCAUCAACAUAUUUUCAGGAAACGAAUCUGAGCAAACUCCCCGCCUGUUUUUAUUGCUUUAGCAGGCAAGUGUAACUCUGCGGCCAAGUUCUCUGUUGGCAACCGGAGUUACGUUUCUGCGGCAGCAGUGGGAACGUGGCCUCUGAUGGAUCUGGUUUCAGCUUCGAAUGUACGCCGCACAAAAAUAAGUGCAUUUGCUUUACCUUACAUGAACAAGGCUGUUAGACGUCACCCCUCAAAGAUAAUUAAUCUAUGGAACCUGAGCUUCUCCACGGAGUUGGGUGGCAGCCUCUGUGCGUGUGCAGAAUGCAGACAUUUGUAAUGCCAAUGAGUAUUUGGGAAACCUGAGUGGAGCAAAAACGAGUCAGUGCUUCUGGCUUGCACUCUUUUUUAAAGAUUUGAGAAGUGGGGUUCUUUUGUUGUUGUUUAGUCGUGUCCGACUCUUCGUGACCCCCUGGACAAGAGCACGCCAGGCACUCCUGUCUUCCACUGCCUCCCGCAGUUUGGUCAAACUCAUGCUGGUAGCUUUGAGAACACUGGGUCUUUCCCAGGGAGUCUUCUCUUCUCAUGAGGUGGCCAAAGUAUUGGAGCCUCAGCUUCAGGAUCUGUCCUUCCAGUGAGCACUCAGGGCUGAUUUCCUUCAGAAUGGAGAGGUUUGAUCUUCUUGCAGUCCAUGGGACUCUCAAGAUUCUCCUCCAGCACCAUAAUUCAAAAGCAUCCAUUCUUCUUGAUGGUCCAGCUCUCACUUCCAUACAUCACGACUGGGAAAACCAGAGCUUUAACUAUACGGACCUCCAUGGACAAAGACAACAGGCAUAUAAAAGUGGGGUUAUUACUCCUCUAUUAUUGUCCAUGCUGGGUCGUUCAACCAUUGCUACCAUGUCCUUUCUUUUAGCAGAUUAAGAUGACCAGGUGACAGCAAAAACUGCAAGGUUUUUAGUGAGGGAAAUUAGAAUAACAUCUGUUACUUGGUAAUUGAUGUAAACCCCCAAAAUGUUUUUUUUCUAUAGUUAACUUUCCCCCUCUAUCUUCAGUACAUUUUUAUUUUAUUUUAUUGCUAUGGCUAGUGGCUGAUGCAAAUGAAGAUUCAUAUUCUGUUCAGUUCUAAGUAGCAGCAUACAAAAUUGUUCUGUGCAUAGUUCAACUGUGGAACUCCCUGUUGCAGGAGACCAGGGAUGGCCACCAACUUGUAGGGCUUUAAAAGAGGAUUGGACAAGUUCAUGGAGAAGGGAGAACUAUCGAUGGCUCCUAGCAAGGAUGAUCAAUGCUUCCGAAUAUCAGUUGCUGGAAACCACAAGAGGAGAGAGGGUUCUCGCACUUGGGCCCCGCUUGCUGGUUUCCCGCUGGGGCAUUUGGUCGGCCACAGUGAGAACAGGAUGCUGAUGGGCCGGUGGCCUGAUCCAGUAGGCUUUUCUUAUAUUCUUACAACUAGCAGCAGCUUUUGAGGGCUAAAGGCAGGGGACCCUCCCAGUCCUACCUGGUGGCGAUUGUACAUUUCCGAGCACAAUUCAAAGUGUUGGUGCUGACCUUCAAAGCCCCUAAACGGCCUCAGUCCAGUAUCCCUGAAGGAGCGUCUCCACCCACAUCGUUCUGCCCAGACCCUGAGAUCCAGCGCUGAGGGCCUUCUGGCGGUUCCCUCACUGCAAGAUGUGAGAUUACUAAGGGCCUUCUUAGUAGUGGCACCCACCCUGUGGAAUGCCCUCCCAUCAGAUGUCAAGGAAAUAAACAACUAUCUGACUUUUAGAAGACAUCUGAAGGCAGCCCUGUUCAGGGAAGUUUUUAAUGACUGGUGUUUUAAUGUAUUUUUAAUCUUUUUCGGAAGCCGCCCAGAGUGGCUGGGGAAGCCCAUCCAGGUGGGCAGGGUAUAAAUAAUAAAAUUAUUAUUAUUAUAAUCAAUGACAAAUUACAGUGGACGCCCGGUUCCGCGCAGGUCCCAAUUCGGCGCUUCUGCGCAUGCACAAAGCACGAUUUAGCAUUCUACACAUGCGCAAAUGCCGAAACCUGGAAGUAACCCAUUCCGGUACUUUUGGGUUCAGCGCGGUGCGCAACCUGAAAUCGCGCAACCUGAAGCAUCUGUAACCCGAGGUAGGACUGUAUUAUUAUUGAACCUGGGGACCCCCCCCCCUUAUUCCAUGCUGUACCUCUGAGCUAUGGCACGGUGGUAGAGGCAGAAGAGCCGUUUUUGCUUGGGCAACGACACUCCUCUGCUCUUCCUAUCACCCUCUGGGAUCAACGUUGCAGCUGCUGGGUAUAAGGAGCAGUUUUGUCAACUGGGCUUCAGUGGGGAGGGAGGAUAAGACCUUCUUGCACACGCGAAGGGGAUUCCACUCUGGGAAGCUGAUCCGUCAACUGAAGGGUGAGAGACUUAAGCUCAUCUUUUCUCCUGGCUGUGGCAGCAGGUGGGUGGAGGACGGCAGAAACGGGCUGGGGGGAGAGCUGAUCAGCCGAUUAGGAUCACAGGUGACUUAGCAGGCAGGACUCCGAAGGCGUUUUGCUGGAAGGUUGCAGAUAGGGAGCGAGCCCUGAUGGGGUGGACCUGGAAGGUGGACUUUCGCCUUCCAGAGACAGCCUAGGAAUCAUGCUUCAGCCUUUGGGAAGUGACAGAUAACCCAAAGAUUGCAACUUGCCGGAAGCAAAUCCCAUCCCCAGAAUUCUUUGUUUAUUUAUUUCUAAUUUAAUGUGUUUAUAGCCCACCUUUCUCUCCCAGGCAGCUUAAAAACAGCAUUAUGGAAUACAGAGCAACAAAACAAUCUAGUUCAAAACAAUACAGUGGUACCUUGGUUCCCGCAUGGCUUGUCUCCCAAAUAAAUCGGCUCCCGAACACCGCACACCCGGAAGGAAAUGUUCUGGUUUGCGAGCAUUUUUUGGGAAGCCAAACAUCCGUUUCGGCUGUCGACAUUGUUUCCGAGGCCAAUCAGCCCAUCAGAAGCCGCUCCUCAGUUUGCAAACGUUUUGGAGGUGGAAAGGACUUCUGGAACGGAUUGGGUUCGGGAAGCAAAGUACCACUGUAAUUAAAACACAUCUGAAGACAUUUAGAGCCAGCCAUUAAAGCCUAGUUUCCUCUGAGAAGCAGCCCGGUAGGUCAGCCUCAUUUGCACCUUGCUUUCCAGAGGAAGGUCUUGGCCUGCUUGUGGAAGGAUGACAGAGAGGGAGCCGGCCUGACCUCUCUUGGAGGAAAUCCCACAAUAUGGGGGCAGCCACAGAAAAGGCCCUGUCUCAUUUCACUCCCGACCACGCCUCUGAUGAUGGUGGGACCAAGGGAAGGUGUCCAGCAGAUGAUCUUAGCAGCCUGGAAGGUGCAAUCCUGCAACAUCUGAAGGUCCACAGUUCACUUUGGCAGCCCAAUUUAGGACAGGGCGGAGAGUGGAGGCCUGGGGGUUGCUCCUAUGUUGUAGAAAACUUUGAGAAUCAGGACCCUUUCCAAAUCAGCCAGAGAUUUCCCCGUCUCCAUCUCUGACUCUGAACGCUGGGUGCAUGUGUGUUUCGGGAUUCAAGGACGUCUGCUUUCCAAGAGCCCUUUGCUGGUCUGUUUCCUUUCUGCCCCAGAGGGAGAAGCGUCCAGCAGAUGUUCCCCAUCUCCUAUUGUUGACGCAUCACACAAGCUGAUAACCGGGGGCAAGACAGUUAUCCAAGCAAGAAGCAGAUGUCAGGCAGGCGGGCAGGAUUGCGCCGCUUUUGUGACAAGUGCACAAAGGCAGCCACUGGCUCAGAAGGACAUCCUGGCUGAAAUUGGUUCAAGUUGCAGUCCUUGCAUUUGUGCUGCCACCAUGAUCCUUGCUUGUUAACUCCCCCCCCCCCAGUUUUUUUUUAAAAAAAUAAUUUUUAUUAAGUCCUCCAUUUUUACAAUAUUACACCAUAACCAAUAACAUAAUUCACAAUUCCAAAAUUCCCCCAUUCCCCCCGGACUUCCCUCCACCUCCUUCUCUGGUUUAUUUCAAAAUCAUAUCAUUUCCUGCGUAUUUCCUUUUUUAUAUUUUAACUUAUAAAUUAUAUAAUUUUUGCUAAUUUUUCCCAGUUUGGACUGGGCGCCACGGAAUGUUUUAUCACCUUUGAGGCAAAGAAAAUUCUGCACAGACGUAACCCCGAUCUGCAGUCAGAAUGGCAGAAUCUCAGAACAGAAAGCCAGCAAACGUAGCAAAACACACUCUCUCCUUUUGUUAAGUUGUGGGUGAACAUAUCAGACGACAGUGAUUCUUCAGACAGCUCUUGUUUAUUCACAGGCCAGGACAGAACUGAACUGAAGGGUUCAGUCAGCCUGCUUAUAUAGAGCUCCAGCACAAUGUAACUGUAACAAUUUUCUAAAACUAUCCAAUCACUGAACGUCACUUUCGAUCCCUUAUUUGCAUAACUAUCUACAGUAUGCCCCUGCUGGCCCAGGGUGAGAACUUCAGUACAUAACACCUUUUCCUGAUGUUUGCAACGUUUUUAUGUUUUCGGGAUGAUCUGCACCAAGGGAUUUUGCUGAGUUUUGCGUGGAGUAUUAUAGUUAGGGUUGCCAUACAUCCGGAUUUUCCUGGGCAUAUGCCGAAUACAGCAGUCGGCAGCAGUCUCUGGAUGGAAAUCGGGAAAAAUGCUUGGAUUUUCACUCUUUAAAAUAUGGCAACCCUAUCUUGCUAUGAAAUUAGGCACACCCUGUUUCUUGCAUGAAAACGGUCUCCAGGGAGGCUCACCAGCUUAAAAUCCCCAAACUGCCACUGCUGCUGCCACUGCUUUCAUUAUAACUCUUAGGAAUACACAAAGCUGCCUAGAACUGGGUGAGACCAUGGACCUGUUUAGUUCAAUAUUGUCUGCGCUGACUGGCAGCAUGUCUCCAGGAUUUUAGUCUGGGAUCUCUCCCAAACUUACCAUCAAGCAUGGAACCUGGGGCCUUCUGCUUUCAAAGCAGCUAUUCCACCGCUGACCUAUGGCCCUUUCCCCGUUCCAAAUUCCUGCAAGGAAAUUCGGAUCAGGAGAAUUUCCCCCUGCUGCACAUUUGUGAGUCUUGGAAUAGAGCAAAGUUCUCAGCCUGGUUCAGAUGAGAAGGAGGCGGUUUCUGAAGAAGGGGCAGGGAGCAAAAAGGCAAAGCAUGCAUAAACUAAUAUCUCAUUUGGAAGGUUUGGAAAAGACACCCCGGCCAACUACAGUCUUUGUUUGCGGCUUACGGGUGGCGGUAGAGCAAUGGCUGGAGGGCACCAGGUUGGGGAAGCUGACUGCAGGGACAGCAGCAAACUGAACAUCCCUCCGAUGACCAGGCAAGUGUCAUCUCUCCAGGAUCUCAGAAAGAGGCUUUCUCAGACAGAGAAGGAGAUUGACAAGCUGGAAAGUGUGCCUAGGAAUCUACUAUGAAACGAAUAAAGCUUAAGCCUGAGGGCCCCAAUCCCAGAGGGAAUUACUUAAAUUUUGGGGAUCUAGUAGACCCAAUUUGAGUCUUGGGUGCAUCAACAGAAGCAUAGUGUUCAGGUCAAGGGAAGGAAUAGUCCCACUCUAUUCUGCCCUGGUCAGACCACACCUGGAAUACUGUGUCCAAUUCUGGGCGCCACAAUUUAAGAAGGAUGUUGAAAAGCUGGAACGUGUGCAGAGGAGGGGCGACCAAGAUGAUCAAGGGUCUGGAAACCGAGCCGUAUGAGGAACGGUUGAAGGAGCUGGGGAUGUUUAGCCUGGAGAAGAGGAGACUGAGAGGAGAUGUGAUUGCCAUCUUCAAAUAUCUCAAGGGCUUCUACAUAGAAGAUGGAGCCAGCUUGUUUUCUCCUGCUCUGGAGGGUAGGACCCGAACCCAUGGCUUCAAGUUACAAGAAAAGAGAUUCUGACUCAACAUCAGAAAGAUCUUUCCGACAAUAAGCCAUUGACCAGUGGAACGGACUCCCGUGGGAGGUACAGACUCUCCUUCCUUGGAGGUUUUUAAGCAGAGCUUGGAUGGCAAUCUGUCAAGGAUGAUCUAGUUGAGAUUCCUGCGUUGCAAGGGGUUGGACUACAUGAUCCUUGAGGUCCAUUCCAACUCUACAAUUCUAUAUCCUAUGGGCACCAGCGACCUAAAGGUAAAGGUAAAACUACCCCUGACCAUUAGGUCCAGUGGUGGACGACUCUGGGGUUGCACGCUCAUCUUGCUUUACAGGCUGAGGGAGCCGACGUUUGUCCGCAGACAGCUUCCGGGUCGUGUGGCCAGCAUGACUAAAACGCUUCUGGCAAACCAGAGCAGUGCUCGGAAAUGCUGUUUAGUUUUCCGUCGGAGCGGUACCUAUUUAUCUACUGGCACUUUGACGUGCUUUUGAACUGCUAGGUGGGCAGGAGCUGGGACCGAGCAAUGGGAGCUCACCCCGUCGCGGGGAUUCGAACCGCCAGCCUUCUGAUCGGCAAGCCCUAGGCUCAGUGGAUUAGCCCAGAGCGUCACUCAUGUCCGAACCAGUGACCUACAUGCCCUGAAAUACGAACCUGGGCCUUCUGUCUCAACUAAAGUGGUUUUCUUGCCUUGGGAAGAAAGACUGAAAGAGGAUUGCAGCCGCCAAGUUAUUUUUAUCCCAUUCUGGUUAUUUUGUAAGGCCCCUCCCUUGCCCCCCGCCCCCAUUCCAAUUGCCUGUUUUUUCAGGCAAGGAACGUGAAAUGUCAAGCACUCUGCUGAAAUGUGUGAAUGGCGCUUGUGGGCGGGAACAGUGUGCCUGUGGCGCUUGUUCUGUUCUGACACAGACCCCUGGAGGAAGUAGGAGAACUUUUGCCAGGCCUGGUGAAUGGCAGCGUGGCGUCGCUUGGGGGAGGGCAGGACCCUACAACAAGGACAAAAAGCUGCACAGCUGGCCUUUGCCAGGAGAAGACCGGAGCCCAAAGGGCCUCUCGUCCCCUGCAGGAGAUUCUGCGCUGGGAACAAAAAGCACCCGGGAAGGCUGCAGCAGCAGCAUGCUGGCACCAGCAGGAUUUGUGGAAUGAAAGAAAGGGCACUCACAAAGAACGACACCCCCAGCCACAUUGAGAAAUAUUUUUUUUAUUUUUUGAAAUAAUUUUUACUUGAUUUUACAAGUCUUGAAUUGUAGCAACAUCAAAUAUAGUCAUACCUCAUGUUACGUCCGCUUCAUGUUACAUUCUUUCAGGUUAUGUUCCGCGGCAACUCGGAAGUACCAGAAAGGGUUACUUCCGGGUUUCGCCGCUUGCCCAUGCGCAGAUGUGCAAAAUGACGUCACGUGCAUGCACAGAAGCGGCGAAUCAUGACCUGCGCAUGCGCAGACGCGCCGCUGCAGGUUGCGCUCUUUUCAUGUUGUGAUCGGGCCUCCGGAAUGGAUCCUGUUCGCAACCAGAGGUACCACUGUGCACAUCCAUAUUUAGAGAUAUCUCUGAAUCUCCAGACUUCCCAACCUCCCUUCCAUGGGUCAACCUUUUCAACUGCAUAUUAUUUCAUAAUCCAUUUUUUUUACAUCUCUCCAUAUUGUCCAUGAUAUUUGCUACGUUACAAGUGUAAUUAAAAUCCUGAUCAUGUUUUCAUCUGCUUACAGUGGUCUCCUAGGUGAAUUAUAAAUUUUCUCCAUUCUUUCUUGAAGUUUUGGUCUUCUCGGUUCCUGAGCUUUCUGGUCAGUUUUGCCAUUUGAGCUAGUGGCAUCCGUGUGGCUGUUGUCGCAUACAUAAAAAGUCUUUUCAGCCACAUUGAAAAGGAGCAUGGCAAAACCCCUGCACCUCACCUGUGAGAAUUUCCCCAAAAUUUGUCUUUUUCCAUUUUCGAGCGCAGUUUCUCUUCUGAUUAAUUGAUGGAGAAAGGGGGAAAGAAGCGUCCAAGUAAAGUUUGGCAAACAGCCAUCUCAUGGAGCCACUAAGAUCAGGCCUUGGGAAGGAGGAGUUUGUUGUGUUCAGUCCCUCUCAGUUUCUCAUUUUUCCAACUUUAAUUUCAGUUUGUGAUCCCCCCACCCCAACAUCCCCGCCACCACCCAAAAACUCAGGAAAAUCCAUCAGCAUUUUUGUGCAAAUUUAUCCCAAUAGACACAUUUUUGUAUGUAUUUUUUUCCAAGUAGUCAUAUUUUCUGCAAACAAUUUCCUCUGAUGCAAUGCAUUCCUGCAUGUUAUUUCCACUAACAUUUAUAUGCAUGCUUUAUCCAAGUAUAUGCAUUUUUGCACACACUGCCUGGCAGAAUUGCAAAAUUCAGAGAAGCAUGAAUUUUGCAGGAUGGCUGCGUUUCGGUUACUGUAUUUAUUUAUUUAUUUAUUCAUUCAUUUAUUGCAUUUAUAUCCCACCAUUUUUUCCAAGGAACUCCAGGGGGCAUGAUGCAUAGUUCUCCUCAUAUCAUUCCCCACAACAACCCUGUGAGGUAGACCAGGCUAGCCCUCAAAUUCAUCCAGUGAGUUUCAUGGCCGAGUGGGGGAUUUGAACCCAAGUCUCUCCCAGGUCCUCAUUCGACACUCUAACCAUGACACCAAUGCUGGCUCAAUUGUUUCAGAAAGUGCAAAUUCAGUAAUGUCACCUUUAAAUGCAAAUAUCUAACACCAGGUCCCUGGGCCUGGCUUCAAAUCCUGCCCCAUUCAGAGUUAUAAGCAUAAAUAUCCUCUGCAUCGCAGGCAGGGCCGUCUUAAGCAUAUCCGGUGCCAUGGUGCAAAGAUCCCUCCGGCGCCCCACUCCCCGUUUCCCAGAGUUGUCAACCUUUUCCCAAGCCUCUGUGGGGAUCGCUUUCCUCCCUCAGAGGCUUGGGAAGGAAGCUGCAUAUCCGCCAGCCAUGCGCUGGGCCCAGGGGUAACCCGAGCAACGCGGUCCAGGUCCAGUCCCAAAUCCAAGGGUUCCACUAGGAGUCAGUCCGACAGGGCCAAGGCAGGAGACGAGGCAGGAAACCAGGCAAGGUCAGGCACAGGGUCUCAGGCAGGUUCUAGCAAACAGCAAUGUUGCUCCCGCAACCUGGGGAGGGAUCCGACAGCUUUUUAUCUUUGUCGGGGUAACGGCCGGUCCUGAUCCCCCGGCGACUCACCUCCCUGUCUUGCCCAAAGGCGAGCACUCCUCCUGCGAGUACUCAGGUCUCUCCUUCUCUCAGACCUCAGUCUCUGCAGCUCGGGAGACUAGACCCAGAGGCCGCCUCAGCCUCCCCUGACCCAACCGGUAGUGGAGCAGCUUAAGUGAUGGCCCAGCUGAAGGCAACGAGGGAAUCCCUGCAUCUGGAGCCAGGGCAGGCUCAGGCCCCUGACUCGGCCCAGCUGGUGCUUGUUGUAGGGGAACCUGUGCAGACUGGGACUCUUCAGGAUCAGACCCCAGACUUGGUUCAGAUGCUGCCUGAGGCAAAGGAUCCAGUGCGGACUGAGACUCCUCUGGUUCCGAGUCCGAGCCCGAGUCCCAGGCCAUCACAAGUCAUAUAGUUGGUGGGGCUUCCAUCCUAAGCCUCUGCAGGGAUUGCUCUCCUCCCGAGGAGGCUUGGGAGGCAAGCUGCAUGCCCACCAGCCAUAUGGUUGACAGGGCACAGCUGGUGGUCGUGCAGGGAAAGGGGAAGCCGCGCAGCUCCCCCACUCCCUGGGGCGUCCCUGAGAGGCUGGCACCCUGGCACAAAGCCCCAUUAAGCUCUAUGGGAAAGACGGUUUUGAUCGCAGAGGGUUGGACUAGAUGUCCCUUGGGAGUCCCUUUCAACUUUACAGUUCUAUAAUUCUAUGAUAUCCCUGUUUGUAAAAUGCGGGCAGCUAUACCACACCGGAGAUCGACAGGAGGGUGGAAGGGGAGCUGCUAGCGAGGGACUUCGACCCCAAAAAAAGAGGUAUAGAGGGACUUUGUUAUGCUCAGGAAAAGUCCCUGUUUAUCUUUCCAGUGUGGCAUGGAGAGUUUGAACGGUGUUUGAAACGGGAGCUCUCUCCAGCGUCAGAAAACGCUGCGAUUUCCCACCCCACCGAAGCAAAACACACACAAAAAGCCCUGUUUUUUGCUAUGCAAAAUAAAUACAGAAGCUUCCUUUCCUACCGAUAAGGAAACUGAAGGCUGCUUUCUCUAGUGAGAGAGCGUGAGAGUGAACUUUGAAACAAGCGUAUAGUUCCAGCAGAGCAUUUCCCUUUCAGCCGCCUGUCAUUGCGUCUGAUUUCACUGGAGAGGCAGGGCUGGCUUUCAAGAUUUGGGAGGGAGGGGGACACGGGAUGGGCUACAGAUCAUUGCCAGACCCUUUCGCCACAAAGAGGCAGUGAGUGCACAAGUUUAGGGUCCACAGAUUGUCUGAUUCAUUCAUUUAUGCAAUUGAUAUACAGUGGUACCUCGGGUUACAUACGCUUCAGGUUACAGACUCCGCUAACCCAGAAAUAGUGCUUCAGGUUAAGAACUUUGCUUCAGGAUGAGAACAGAAAUCGUGCUCCAGCGGCACGGCAGCAUCGGGAGGCCCCAUUAGCUAAAGUGGUGCUUCAGGUUAAGAACAGUUUCAGGUUAAGAACGGACUUCCAGAAUGAAUUAAGUACUUAACCCGAGGUUCUCACACUUAAUCCGUUCCGGAAGUCCGUUCCAAAACCAAAGCGUUCCAAAACCAAGGCACGCUUUCCCAUAGAAAGUAAUGCAAAACGGAUUACAGUGGAACCUCGGGUUACAGGCGCUUCAGGUUACAGACUCCACUAACCCAGAAAUAGUACCUCGGGUUAAGAACUUUGCUUCAGGAUGAGAACAGAAAUCGUGCUCCGGCGGCACAGUGGCAGGCCCCAUUAGCUAAAGUAGUACCUCAGGUUGAGAACAGUUUCAGGUUUAGAAUGGACCUCCGUAACGAAUUAAGUUCUUAACCCGAGGUACCACUGUAAUCUGUUCCAGACUUUUAAAAACAACCCCUAAAACAGCAAUUGAACAUGAAUUUUACUAUCUAACGAGACUAUUGUUCCAUAAAAUGAAAGCAACAAUCAAUGUACUGUGCUAUAAAAUAAAUAAGACAGUAUGGUAGAUGAUGAAAAUUAAAAAAAAAAAUUUCCUUACUUGCUCUGAUGAUAGUCAUUGUUUGGAGGGGGGCUUUUAUCCAUUUCCGCAGUCACACAAUCAAUCAAUCAGCUGAACUGGGUUCCGCACAGUCACAAAAACAAAUGAACCGAAAAAGCCUCAAAAACAAAAUCGCAAAAUAAAUAGCAAAACCAAAAGCGCCAAAUACAGUGGUAUCUUUGUUCUCAAACUUGAUCCGUUCCGGAAGUCCGUUUACUUCCGAAAUGUUCAAAAGUUGAGGCGUGGCUUCUUAUUGGUGCAGGCGGCCCGGAAACAGUAGCCGACAGCCGCAUUGGACAUCCAGCUUCUGAAAAAGAUUGAAAACCAGAUCACUUACCAGUACUUUGUUUUCGGGUUUGGGAACCAAGGUACCACUGUACUUCCCUUCGUCAAAAGACCACAGUGCUGUUUGCAACACAGAACGCAAAUACCAAUACUGAUGUCUAAUAUCAACACGCAAAUGUCAAUACAUAGAUAGCUGUGGAGGAUAAAAACCAAAACAGUUGUACAUAUACAAUUACUAUAAGGAAAAAAUACAGAUUCUUACAACCACAGAGAAAAUCAGAAACAGGAAAAAUACGGAAAACAGUGCACAGGUACAGAAUCUUCCUUCUGCCCAAAGGUAGCUUUUAUUUAUGUCUUUAUUUCAAAACAUUUGUACACUGAUUGGUUGUCAAAAGAGAAACCUAAGAGUGGUUUACAAAAAAAAGAGUGGUUUAUAGAAAAAAAAUUGGGGGGGGGGGAAUCAGUGCAUUAAAACAUGCAAUAAGUUAAAAUAUUAGAACAGGUAAACAUUCACAUCAGCUUUCUAAGCUUUCUGGGGUAGGCUUGUCUAAACCAAAAUUGUCUUUAGCAGUUUUUAUAUUGACCUGCGCAAAAGGGUUUAUAUCUGUGUAAUAAAUGUAUUAAUAAAUGAAUAAUCUAUUGUGACCUGUAUGUCACUCAUAAUGGGGUCGGCCUUUUUCGUUUUAUGGUGUUUCCUUUGCAAUCUGCCUGUGCAAUGUCUCUGGUGAAAACCGGGAAGAGAGCUGGGCUUGCAAAGGGAGGGAGGGCUGCAAAAAGCGAAGCCAGGGUGCUCUGCUGCGUCCAAUUCCUGCACCGUCGCCUCCAAAGCCUGCAAUUUCGUGGCACAUUCCUCCUCCUCCUCCUAGGCCUCAUUCCUGCCGCUUGCCAGGAAUAACUUGGCACCAGGGCUUCCCAUUCAUGGAGGAGCUGACUUGCUCUGCUCAGCACUUUCUUCUGCAAUAGCCGUUCCGCAUUGGUAGGAAAAAAACAAACUUUCGGCAUCUGCACUUUGGAACUCCCUGCCGAUGGACACCAGGCAAGAAACUUUGCUGCACUGUUUGCAGCGCCUGCUAAAAACAUCUCUGUCUGGCCAGAUGUGCAAAAGGCUGGUGUGUGUUUUCACCUGCUUCUUAGCCUAUCGCUCUUUUUAAUUACAGCGGUACCUCGGUUCUCAAAUGCCUUGGUUCUCAAACAACUUGGAACCCGAACACUGCAAACCUGGAAGUAAGUGUUCCGGUUUGCGAACUUUUUUUGGAAGCCAAACGUGCUCUGUUUUGAGUGUUACGCUUCCAUUUUGAGUGUUACACUGAGGUCUGUCUGUUUUUGCUAUUGGGUUUGCGUUUUUGUUUUUCCGGCUUUUUUGUUUUGUUUUUGUGAUUGUACGCAGGGGUGUACGAAGGGUGGCGGGUGGGCGGUCCGCCCCAGGUGCCACCCACGGGUGGUGACAAGAUGGCCUGCUGCCUCCCCCCAGCUGUAGAGCGGCCGAGGCCGUGUUGUCAGUCCUUAUGGGCUGCCGCGCAUGCGCAGUCCGUACAGACAUCGCGCAUGCGCAGCUGGGCGGUUCACUCCGCUCCUCGGCUUCCCACCCCGGGUACUGGAGUGGGUUCCUCCACCACUGAUUGUGUGGAACCCAGUUCAGCUACUGAUUGAUUGAUUGUGUGAUUGCAGUACAUUAUUGCUUUCAUUUUAUGGGUCAGUGGUCUCGUAAGAUAGUAAAAUUCAUGUUAAAUUGCUGUUUCAGAGGUUGUUUUUAAAAGUCUGGAAUGGAUUACAGUGGUACCUCGGGUUAAGUACUUAAUUCGUUCCAGAUGUCCGUUCUCAACCUGAAACUGUUCUUAACCUGAAGCACCACUUUAGCUAAUGGGGCCUCCUGCUGCCGCUGCACCGCCAGAGCAUGAUUUCUGUUCUCAUCCUGAAGCAAAGUUCUUAACCCAAGGUACUAUUUCUGGGUUAGCGGAGUCUGUAACCUGAAGCGUAUGUAACCUGAAGCGUAUGUAACCCAAGGUACCACUGUAAUCCAUUUUGAAUUACUUUCUAUGGGAAAGCACGCCUUGGUUUUCGAACGCUUUGGUUUUGGAACGGACCUCCAGAAUGGAUUAAGUUUGAGAACCAAGGUACCAUUGUAUUUAAUUCUUUCUCGGCGCCACACAUACAUGUGGUCACUUGUGGCUAGAAUGCACGCAAGUCGGGGAGACGCCUGUAUUUAGUUUGUUUUUAUUUCACAAAUUUGUACACUGCUUGGCUGUAGAAAGACCACAUAGGCCAAAAGGAUGAAACAAGGAAAUCUAGAAAGAAAACCACAGCCAUGCAGUCAAAGCAUACAAAAAGUUCAAAUACCCAAAGAGAUUGAAACUCACACCAGCUUUCUAAGCUUGCCUAAGCAAGAAUGCUUUUAGCAGGCAACAAAAAGAGAACAGCGUAAGCGCCUGCUGGGUAUAUCAAGAGGCAGGGAGUUCCAAAGUGCCACACUGAACGACUGAGUUCUUACAAAUGCAGAACGGGGAUCUGGUGGCACCUGUAGCAACGCCAGUUUGGCUGAUUGAAGCGGCAAAGUGGGAUAAGUGCUCCUGUUGCGACCCACCAGUUGAAGACCAGUGGAUGGAGGCCUGCCCUCUGAUGGCCGCCCUGUCUGACAAACCUCUGAGAUUUGAGAGACGAAGCUGUGGUCCUCCAGAGGGUCUUGGGCACCUUCAAUCCCAGCCCCCUUGGCCAUUGGCAACGCAGUCUUGGGGUGGUGGUGAGUCAGAGCCCCUUUAAAUAUAAAUUUAAUAAAUAAUAAUAAUAACGCUGCAAGGACUCAGUUUCCUCCUCUUUCUUGAAAAGAGUCUGGCUUUGGCCCGUUCAUCUUAUCUCUCUUUUUUUGCACGGAAACCUGGCAGAGCCCUGCAGCUGGCAUCUCUCAGGUGCCAUCGCAGGACUCUGAAAUGAGCCUUGGUGCGAGUUCACGCGCGUGCAAUUCCUUGGCAAAGGGGCGUCCAAAUUUCGCCUUGUCUUCUGGCCGCGUGCCACGAACGCAACUCAUGUGUGGACUCGCGACUGCCUUCCUUUGGCUGAGCGGCUGGGGCAGGUUUGUGGCCGCGCAGGACUCCGGUUUUGCCUAAAACGGCUGCAGGCCGCAGCGCCGGAACACUGUGCUCUCUCUGUCCACCUCUUCUAAUCCCCAAGGCAUGUAAACAGUAUGGGCAGCCCUCCCCCCUCUCUCCCUUUCCCUGGUCACCUCUUUAAUUUUCCCAGCAAAGGAAGGAUGGAUUUUAAAACAACAACAACAACAAAAAUGAAUUUUGGAACCCAGGGAGAGUUCCUCACCAAAUAAGGCACUAGCUUGGAUGUUGGGAUCAACAUGGGACACACAGCUGGCUGGCUCAGACUUAGAGGGUUUUGCCUGCUCUGUAAAAGAGUCUUGCUCUCUCAUGAACGAGGUAGGGGGUGCCUUUCUCGGCCCCCUCCCCAACUUUGGCAGAAGGGGAAAUCUCUGUUUCCAGAAGAGUCUGUCUUCUGCAUGUGUCCAGGCGGUCAUUUUUAGCAGAGAAGAACCCAAAGAAAAUGCUUCAGGGGCUUUUCGCUUUCGGAUUAUUAUUUUUUAAAGCACAGGAGUGGGAAAUGGUGGCAUUCACCAAGUAGAGGCUCCCGCUGGAUUUACAUCAUAGACAAGAUAGCAGUGGAUGCAAGGUAUGAAAGUCGCCCGGCUCUGCCAUUGGGCAGGGGGGGCAAGCAGAUUUGUGGGCACCAUGCUCAUCAUUUCGCCGCUCGUUACAUUGCUGCGUUUGGGGUUUGCGGCCUCCGGCACACAACUGCCAUGGGUCCUCUUUCUCUGCCUGCUGAGAAGCUCCCUAACUUUGCUCCAACUUUACACCCUGCAGCACAGAAGAGCGAGGAUGGAUUGCAGAGGACCGUUCCACUUUGGGGAGGGGGAGGAGACUCUACCACUUGGGUCCGGAGCAGGGACGCCGUUUGGGCUUUUGCAUUUGGGUGCUCGCAAACCGCCCAGAGUCCCACAUUUGUCUUCCUGGCAGCCUUCCUCUUCUUUUUUUUCCUGAAGAGACGGUGUAGAGAAGUUAAUUAUUUCUUGCCUCUGCAGCAAAGGGAGCAGGAGGCUCACUGCAGUCUGCAGGUCCUGCCAGCCUUGACUGCAGGGAGGCUGGUGUCCAUAGCCUAUGCCAGAGAGGGUCUGGGACACCGCACACCCCCUGAUCCAUGGUAAGCCAUUGACUCCCCCCCCCAUCCAUCCCUCUCAGCUGGCGGGGGCAGGGGGUGUAUCGCCUUCUGCGUUCCAGCUUUCGCUUUUAAAUUUCUUGUUUGGUUUUUUGGGAAAAUGCCCUCUCUGCUCACUACAACGCCAGCCAGCUGUGGAGGGAUGCUGUCAAGCCCCCAGAUGGGUUUCCUUGAUGGGGUUGUGGGGGGGGGGGAGGUUGGGUUUCUAAGAAAAAGGAGAGUGAGAGAAUUUGGGAGGGGGAAAGGGAAGCUGGAGAGAAAGCUGUCAGGGAAAGAUUGGACUAUUGCCGUUGUUUUUACAGCUGAGCCAAGCAGACAGUUAGCGGGGAUGGAAAUGGUUUUGUCUCUCUCUUUCCCCCCUUUUCGCAUCCUCAGUGUGUUGUCUUGGAAUGAAUUUUGCAAUCUGGAUUAUAUCGCUGCAUGUUUCGGAGACGAGAGCCAAAUGGGGGCCAGGAGGGUGGGGCAUGAUGGUGUUUUUUUUUAAUGCCUUUUGAUGAAAAUCUGUUAUGCUUCCUGCCCUCCCCCCUGGUCUGUUCCUGAACUUUUCUUGCUAGUUUAAAAGCAGUCAUACCUUGAGAUCCUGCACACCUAUGGUGGGGACUUCCAUCAAUGACUUUGGUCUUGGAUACACAAGCCCUGUGCUCUAAUCCUGAGACUACCCCGAUAGAAACCAGCGUGGCUUUGCUUCCCGGUAAAUGUGCUUUGGGAGGGCAGCCUAAAAACUGCGGGGGACAUAGCGGGAGAGCUGAGUGCAGGAGCUGUGAGCCAAGAAGUCCCUGGCCGAAGUCUCCUUCCAGCCAGACGUCCGCCAAGUAGCAUUUGCCUAUCCACAAGCAUUAAGUAAUAACCCCAUAUAUCCAGGAGACAUCUGCAACUGAAGACGGUACCUUCAAACAACUCUCUGAUUUUUAGAAGACAUCUGAAGGCAGCCCUGUUUAGGGAAGUUUUUAAUGUCUGAUGUUUUAUUGCGUUUUUUAAUAUUUUGUUGGCAGCUGCCCAGAGUGGCUGGGGAAACCCAGAAAGAAGGGUGGGGUAUAAAUAAAUUAUUAUUAUUAUUAUUAUUAUUAUUAUUAUUAUUUAGAUCUAUAUCAAUCUCACAUGCAUCGUCUCAGUGCAGGCCGGAAGUGGCAGAGAGAGAAGGAGGGUCGGAUAUUGGCCAUCAGAAGAGCUGGUUGUGUCGACCUUGUAAAUAAGCCCAUAGAAAUUACUAGCCUGCAGAUUUUUUUACUACCCAGCUGGCAGAGGAGCGACAGAGAGUGCCCUUCCCCCUACGGCAUCUGUCCUGCAUUUCUUGGUUGGUUGCAGAAGAGCUGGGCGUGGGCUUUCUUCCCCUGGCAUCUGCUUGCUUCCUAUGACUGCCAGUGAUGUGUGGUCAGUGGACUAAGGGGACGUGGCUAGUUCCCUAAAUGUUCCUGGUAAAUUAGAGUACAGUCAUACCUCGGGUUGAAGUAGCUUCGGGUUGAGCAUUUUUGGGUUGCGCUCUGUGGCGACCCGGAAGUAACAGAACAUGUUACUUCCGGGUUUCGCCACUCGCGCAUGCACAGACGCUCAAAAUGACAUCACGCGCAUGCGUGGUAGCGGCGAAUCACGACCCGCGCAGGCGUGCAGAUGCGGGUUGCGUUCGCUUCAGGAUGCAAACGGGGCUCCGGAACGGAUCCCGUUCGCAUCCAGAGGUACCACUGUAUUAAAGUGUUGUAAACAAAAUCUGCCCUUUUCCCCUUAUGGGGUACCCAGAAGCCCAUAUAGAGUCCUUAAGUGGGUUCCCUAUCGGUAGGAGAAAAUAACAGGGGCCAAGCAGAGAACAUUGAGAAGCAAAGCCUGAUCUUUAUUGAACUUCUGCAACAGGGUCCUCACUCACCCCAUGCAGGAGGGACCCCGAACAAUGGUGUGCACAGCCUUAUAUAAACUUUUUAAAUUGCCCACCCUGCAGCCCAAGACUCCCCCCCCAUACAUCAUACAUACCGUAUUUUUCGCUCUAUAAGACGCACCAGACCACAAGACGCACCUAGUUUUUGGAGGAGGAAAACAAGAAAAAAAAUAUUCUGAAUCUCAGAAACCAGAAGAGCAAGAGGGAUCGCUGCACAGUGAAAGCAGCAAUCCCAUUUGCUGUUCUGGCUUCUGUGAUAGCUGCACAGCCUGCAUUCGCUCCAUACAUUUCCCCUUACUUUUUAGGAGGGGAAAAGUGAGUCUUAUAGAGCAAAAAUUACGGUACAUCACAGAAGAGGCAUCUACAACAGAAUCCUGUCUGGCAAGAAACGUGUUGAUGGGUUUACCUGGCUGUUAAUGGGUUUACCAGGAGAGCCUGGCCAUCCUUUUGUGAUGAUAAAUACUUAAUUCCUGAGUCAGGGUCACAGGCUCCACCAUAUUCAUGUGCACUUAAGGCAGGUUUUGUGAGCAAAGAGACAAUGGGGAGGUUUUUUCCAUUUCUUCUCUCCUUGCAGAGAAACAUUUGAGGUCAAUUUGGGAGAGUUAAAAUGGUUCCAGGACUAUUUUCCUGUACUGUUUCAGACAUGUGGUUUAUAUAUUUAUUUAUUUAUUUGUGUGUUUGCCUUGUAAAUUUAUGAACAUUUAAUUUGUAUAUUUGAGACCUUAAAUUCUUAUGACAAAAGUACAGUGGUACCUCGGGUUACAGACGCUUCAGGUUACAGAUUCCGCUAACCCAAAAAUAGUACCUCAGGUUAAGAACUUUGCUUCAGGAUGAGAACAGAAAUCGUGCGGCGGCAGUGGGAGGUCCAAUUAGUUAAAGUGGUACCUCAGGUUAAGAAUGGACCUCCAGAACGAAUUAAGUUCUUAACCCAAGGUAAAGGUAAAGGUAAAUGUAAAGGGACCUCUGGCUGGUCCAGUCAUGGCUGACUUUGGGGUUGCGGCGCUCAUCUCACUUUAUCGGCCGAGGGAGCCGGUGUACAGCUUCCAGGUCAUGUGGCCAGCAUGAUUAAGCCGCUUCUGGUGAACCAGAGCAGCGCACGGAAACGCCGUUUACCUUCCUGCCAGAGCUGUACCUAUUUAUCUCCUUGCACUUUGAUGUGCUUUCGAACUGCUAGGUUGGCAGGAGCAGGGACCGAGCAAUGGGAGCUCACCCCGUCGGGGGGAUUCGAACCGCCGACCUUCCGAUCGGCAAGUCCUAGGCUCUGUGGUUUAACCCACAGCGCCACCUGCGUUCACUGUAUUAAAGCCAGGCGCCUUCUUCCCCAAACCCAGGAAGCUUCUGCUCAGCUUAGGGAGGGAGGUGUGAUGCUCAUGAGCACGAAGUUGGGACAUCGCGAUGUCGCGCCGCCCCCCAUCGCCCUCGUGAGCUGGCACCUCUUUCCCUAAUUGUUCCCCUGUGAAAAAUGUCAUUGCCCGCCAUUGACGACUGCUGUGCUGAGAGCUACCCUUCAGCGGCUCAAAAGAUUUCUUCCACCCCAGAAGAGGCUUCUGUUUGCACUGUUAUUUUUAUAAUGAUGGGAGGGGUUUCUUCCCCCCUCCAGCCUGCGGCGUGUAACCCCCCCCCUUUGUUCACACACAAUGUCUCCUCAAAGCACCACAUAACGCACAACGCCACACAACUCCCAACGUUGUUCUGCUCAGGGAAAAGAUGGCUACCGAAGGGGGGGCUUGGGAAACUGACAAAAGACAGCCGUAAUCCCCGAAACCUGGGAUCAGCCUCUUGCAUAAGAGAUCACAGCUGGCAUCCUGGCAAAUGCGUGCGAAAACAGGUCGGCAUCCUGUGGACAGUAGCAAACCAUCCAGGAAUGGAUGAGGUUCUUGGUCAGGACAAAGAGGUGUGAUCAACCAGGAACUUGUCAAUAUUUCUUUUGUCUUACUUGAUGGGUGUGAGGUGGAGGUUGAGGGAAUUGUUGUCCUUUAGUCGUGUCCGCCUCUUUGUGACCCCUUGGACCAGAGCACGCCAGGCACUCCUGUCUUCCACUGCCUCCUGCGGUUUGGUCAAACUCAUGCUGGUAGCUUCGAGAACACUGUCCCACAUCUCGUCCUCUGUCGUCCCCUUCUCCUUGGGCCCUCCAUCUUUCCCAACAUCAGGGUCUUUUCCAGGGAGUCUUCUCAAUUAUUGGCACUAUUUAGUGGGAAGAAACUCCCAUGAAAAGCCUCGUUAUUGCACCUUUUACAUGGCUGUUCAUUUGUAUAUAUUUUAAAAUUUUAUAUAUGGAUGUUUUAUGAUGGCCUAUACUUGUAAUGCUUAAUAAAGGUUUGGCAAAGUAAGUAAGUACGGUUUUAAUAGAUUUUUCUUUUUUUCCCUUUUUAUACAUUUUUAUUAGUUUUUUAACAUAUCAUUUCCAACAUUCAUUUAACAUAACUUCUUAUCUUAUACAAUAUUUUAGACUUCCGUCAACAACCUCUGAAGAUUUUUCGUUCUUUAUCACUUGUUCUGCAUUUCUUAAUUUCUCUGUUACUUUUAAAAUUGUAAUUUAACUAAUAAUUCUCUUCAUGGUUUUAAUAGAUUUUUCACAUAUGUAUGCUUAACUUUUUAACAAUUCCCCACCUGUAAGCCGCCUUGAAUCUCUGCCAGGCAAGAAGGCGGGGCAAUAAUAAUUAAUAAUAAUAAUAAUAAUUAUAAUAAUAAGUGUUGUUUUGAUGCCUGGCAUGAAAUCCCCUCUUGUUCCCCCUCCCAGGGAUCAAUGCUCAAGCCCGGAAGCUCCAGCGCAACCGCACCAAGGGCGCCAUGACCCUUCUGACGGGGUGCAAGAGCCAUGCCACACAGACCUCCCUCCGCCGCACCGUCAGCGAGACCAGCCUCAGCCAGGCGGGCAGCACCAGUGCCGAAGGGGGGCAGCAGGAGGAGCAGCUGAGGAGGCACUACUCCACGCUGCCCGAGACCCUCCAGUGCCUGGAGAGCGGCAGGGAUGCACAGACGGCGCCCGCAGGGGACCAAAGUGGCAACAGCCUGCGCUACUCGCUGUACCAGUCUCCGCACCUGCUGCUCCUGCAGGGCUACAGCCAGCAACAUGUAAGCAGGCGAGAUGCGCCUUUGCUAGGCUCUGCGGCAUUUAGGUCUACCGCUUUAUAUACAGUGGACCCUCUGGGUACAAAUUUAAUUUGUUCCGGGGGUCUGUGCGUACACCAAAAAAUCCGUAUCCAGAUGCGCUGCUUCUGCGCAUGCACACGGCACGUGCUUCUGCGCAUGCGCGCGUGCUUCUGCGCAUGCGCGAGCGGCAAAACCUGGAAAAAUACUUCCGGGUUUGCCAUUUUUGCAACCCGAAGUUUACGUUACUCUAGAGUAACAUAACCCAAGGGUCUACUGUAUGUCUGUCUGUGUGUGUGUGUGUGUGUGUGUGUAUUUGUGAGUGGUGUGCAGAAAAAACCGAAGCAACAGCAGGCAACUUAAUCCGUGACAAUUUUUGCAAAAUCAAAGUUGCUGUCAUUAUUACUACAGUAGUACCUUGGGUUACAUACACUUCAGGUUACAUACUCCGCUAACCCAGAAAUAGUACCUCGGGUUCAGGAUGAGAACAGAAAUCGUGCUCCGGUGGUACAGCAGCAGCGGGAGGCCCCAUUAGCUAAAGUGGUGCUUUAGGUUAAGAACAGUUUCAGGUUAAGAACGGACCUCCGGAAUGAAUUAAGUACUUAACCCGAGAUACCACUGUACAGUGGAACCUCGGGAUCUGUUCCAGAGACCCCGCCACAACCCGAAAAUGAUGCAAUGCAAAGUAUUGCGUCUGCGCAUGUGCACGAUUUAGCGCUUCUGCGCGUGCGCAAACGGUGCGAACCCGGAAGUAACCCAUUCUGGUACUUCCGGGUUUGCGCCGGUCUCAAUCCGAGGGUGAGCUAAGCCGGAGGCAACGUAAUCCGAGGCUCCACUGUAUUUACCAAGCUUUGUACAACCGUCCUUCAUUCGAAGAUCUCAGGGCGGUUCACAAUGUAAAAAAACAAAACGAGAACAUGAAAUGCACAAUCAGGCAAAACCAAUGCACCAAAAAUGCACCAAAACCAAAAAUGCACAAGGCAAAACCAAUAACCCACAAGCACAUGUAAGAGGACCCAUGUGUUAGCAGCGAGUAAGGCAGAUUUCAGUCUUACAUGACAGCACCCUUGAAUUUGGGAGGGCUGGGGCCAUGGGAUCGGCUACAGAUCGUUGCCAGGCCCUUUCACCACAAAGAGGCAGGGGGUUCACAAGUUUAGGGUUCUCAGAUUUUUUAAUUCAUUCAUUUAUUCAAUUCAUUCCUCACUGCCUCCUGAUUUGGGGAGUUCCACAGUUAACUCUGUGCUGCAUGGAGGAUUUCUUUUUAUCCGUCCCAAAUCUUCCCGUUCUCAGAUUCAUUGGGUGCACAUUCAAAGCACAUCCUUUCCCUAAAGCAAUUCUGGGGGCUGUAGUUCACCCCUGAAAACAAAACGGCCAAUAACCUAAUGGCAUUAAACAAAUCUCUGACGCAGCCGCGUUUGUCAUGCUAUGUACGGUUCCGGUGACCACGUGUCAGAAAUAUCUUACGGAGCUGGAAAAGGCUCAGAAAAAGAGUAUUGGAAGGAGCAAGUCCCUUUCGAAGAAAGCUUGCAACGUUUGGGGCUUUCUAGUUCAGAGGAAAGGUGAGCGAGAGGAAACACUAUAAGAGAUGUAUAAAAUUAUGCCAAGCGUACAGAAAGUGGAGAGGGAGUUUUUCUCCUUCUCUCGUUACGCUAGAAUUCGGGGAGAUCCGAUGAAGCCAAAUGCUGGGUGAUUCUGGACAGGCAAAAGGAAGCUCUUCUUCAUGUAACACAGAGUUAGACUGUGGAACUCCCUCCCACUUGAAGCAGGGAUGGCCAUUAAUUUGGAUGGCUUUAAAAGAGGACAGAUUCACAGAGUGACAGAUCAAGUUGAUGGAUUAUGCCAAAAUGGCUAAAAUGACCAGAAGAAUCAGAAAUCAGGAAGACCAAAAUUUUAAUAAGGAAUGGGGGAAAUGUAUAACUUAUCUUAAAGACCAUUGUAAGCAGUUAAAAUCGUUAGUAGGAUUGGAAUAAACCUUGUAGUUUAAUGGUGAAUUUUGGAUACAAUGGAGAGAUAAAAGAUUUGGAAUAAUAUUAUAAAAGAUGCAGGAGGAAAUGAUUAACAACAGGACCCACAAAGGGGAGGAGAAAAGUCCAGGAGAUUUUUGGAAUCUUGUGUUUUUGUUGUAUGUUGAAUAUGUGACUGUCCAAUUUUAAUCUGAAAAAGCAAAUAUGUAUACAAAGAGAACGGAAACCAGCCAGGUCAGCAUGGAAGCUGCUCCCUGGUCUCUGGUCUCCUGUGACUCGGUAAUGAACGGAAGGCUCUCUGCACAUUCUCAGAGGCACCAUCUCCUUGCUUGCCACGCCGACCGCAGCUUGCAGUAGGGUUGAGCCUUGUCAUUUGGAAGGAGCUCAGGGAACAGAUUGAUACUGAGUCCAUCAAGGCGGGCCUGAUCCAGCAGGCUCUUCUGACAUUCUUAGGUUCCAUCCUUAGCAUCUCAGCACCUGAAACCUUGGAGAGCCAUUGCCCCCCAGUGAAGACAGAGACAGAUGCUCCUUCAUGGACUCAGCAUCAAACUAUUUCUUGGUGCUUGUUCCCCUGCAAAAAAUGGGAACAUUAUUAGGAAAAGGGAAACCUCAAAAUGAUAUAUAAUGAGGACCCACAAAGGGGAGGAGAGACGUCCAGGAGAUUUUUGGAACCUUGUGUUUAUGUUAUAUGUUGAAUAUGUGACUGUCAAAUCUUAAUCUGAAAAACCAAAUAAAUACAUUAAAAAGAAAACAGGAUGCUGGCCCAGAUGGGCCAUUGAGAUGGACCAUUGACGGUGGAAUAUAAUAGGAAUAAAGAUAAAGGUAAAGGGACCCCUGACCAUUAGGUCCAGUCAUGGCCGACUCUGGGGUUGCGGCGCUCAUCUCGCUUUAUUAGCCAAGGGAGCCGGCAUACGGCUUCCGGGUCAUGUGUCCAGCAUGACUAAGCCGCUUCUGGCGAACCAGAGCAGUGCACAGAAACGCCGUUUACCUUCCCGCCAGAGCGGUACCUAUUUAUCUACUUGCACUUUGAUGUGCUUUCGAACUGCUAGGUUGGCAGGAGCUGGGACUGAGCAAUGGGCGCUCACCCUGUCACGGGGAUUUGAACUGCUGACCUUCUGAUCGGCAAGUCCUAGGCUCUGUGGUUUUGACCACAGUACCACCCGCGUCCCAUAAAUGGAAUAGAAUCAUAGAAUUUUAGAGUUGGACCUCAAGAGCCAUGUAGUCCACUCAGUGCAGGAAGGAAGGAAAAUAUUGAAUAAACGUCUUUCUCUGUGUAUGUUUGUGGUUUUCUCUGUGCAGGACAGCUUGGUCUAUUUGCUGAAUCGCGACCAGCACACCGUCGGCCAGAGGACUCAAGCCAGCAAGCCCAGCAUCAGCCUCUCUGCUCCGGACAUCCUCCCCCUCCAUUGCACCAUCCGGAAGGUCAAGGCGUCCAGCCGCUCCAGCCACCGCCCUGAAGAGAAGCUGGUCCUGGAGCCCAUCGCGGGGGCGGCCAUCUCCAUCAACUUCUCCGAGGUGGGCAGGACGGCGGCUCUCCACCACGGCGACCUCAUCUCCCUCGGCCUCUACUACCUGCUGCUCUACAAGGACCCCGUGAAGACGCAGCCGCUGCCCGCCCAGACCCUCAUGAGGCUGAAGGCCGCGCGCCGAGCCUCCGAGCCUGAGCUGCCCUCCACCUGCAAGGUCUGCGGCAGCCAGGCGAGGGACAAGGGCUCGUCGGCCAAGAAGGCGCCAGCGCCGCCGCAGGGACCCUCUGGGCGGAAGGGAGGCCGCCGGAAGCUGCAGCUGGAGUUUGACAAGGCCAGCGAGGACCUGCUGCUGCGGAGGAUUGUCACGCUCAUCGAGCCCACCAGCGACGACCACAAGCUGGCACCCGCCUUCCUCCUCUGCCUCUGCGUCCAGCACUCGGCCGGCCACUUCAGGCCUGGGGAGUUUGGCCAUCUCCUCCUCAAGUUGGCUAAGAUGAUACAGAGGACCGUGUGGGUCAGUAUAUAUUGGAUAUAUUGUGGGAUGUGGUACGUAAAUAGCAGUCAAGUACAACAUUCCUCGUUUUCCUAGAGUGGACAUGCAGGGGGAUGUUUGGUCCAGCCAGUCGAAAACUUCCUGUUUCCUCCUGGACUGGGACAUACUUCCUCUGGCAUGUGACCAGGUUACCUGUGCAGGUAACAAAAGCACAAGGCCUGCAGCCCUCCUCCUUUCUUUUCCAUCUUCCUUUCAUCGAAGUGACUGCCAGUCUGCAGUCACUGGGAUUAACCCCCCAUAUGGGUUAGACCCACAUGUAUAUAUCUUUGUAACUAAGUCUGCCUUCAGGGAUCCAACUGUGAACUGAUGAUGUGAGUAAACUACUUUUAUAUACUUUACACAAGAUUGUGGAGUGUUUAUUCUUUUAAGAGGGAAAGGAUCUUACCAGGAAUCUAUACUGAGAAGCUUAAACAAGCCUGCAACCAGCUACCUGCUGUGCGUUCAAAGGGGAAUGUUAAAACUCUGCUCAGUUAUAGAACUUGCUAGCGUGAGUUAGGAAGGAUAUUGAACAUUCCCACAUAUAUAACAUUCCCACAUAUAUAAUUGAAUCUCUCUCCUUCUUUCGGUCAAAGAGAACAGGGCCUUUUUAGUGGUGGCUCCCCAUUUGUGGAAUGCUCUCCCCAGAGAGGCUCACCUGGCACCAUCAUUGCAUGUUCUCUUUAACCAGGCCUUGGGCCGUUAAACCAUCUAUAUGAGCUGUUAAAUGCGUGGAGAGGAGGGACUGUUAUUAUGACUAUGUUAUCAUGAUUCUGUGUAUUAUUAUGCUCUGGGUUCUGUUUUCCUUAUUAUGCUGCGUAAAUUGAUUCAUUGAUUGAUUGUAUUUCUAUGCCGCUGUUCAUUCAAAAGAAUCUCAAAGCAGCUUACAACCAAUAAAUAACCAUAACAUAAUAAAAUGUAAUAGCACAUUGCGAAUACAGCAUGCAUCAUAUAAAAUAAUUAACCAAUUAUCAAUAAAACAGUUGCAAUCUAAAAAAACGCACACACACCUUAACAAAACAGCAACUAAAAAUUAAGCUAAACCUCACAAUUACGGCAAGUCAUGUGAUUAACAAAUCAAUGCACCAUUUAGAAUUUAUAAAACGAUAUUUAAAAAAUUAGCAAAAUAGCAGCUAAAAAUAUAUACUAAGCACUAAGUUCAUUCAGACAAUCUCUGCAACCCCAUGAGGUUAUUAAUAUUGUACACCACCCUGGGAUCUUUGGCUAAAGGGCAGUAUAUAAAUAAAAUAAGAUAUAUAAAAUAAAAUAAAAGUUAGGUGCACUUGUGUGGGAAAGCAAGGUGGUUAACCAGUUUUGGCCCAGGGUGUUUUCCUUAAUGUCAAGCAUCACUCGACAAGGCCUGCUUAGAUUCCAACUAAACAUUAGGAAGAACUUUUUCCAAUGGCAAGAACCAUUCAACAGUGGGACAGAAUCAACACAGUCCCAAGUAAAGCCUUUCUCUGCUCAAUACCCCAGAGAGGAGCAGCUGCCAGUCAGAAGAGAUAAUAAUGAGUGAAAUGGACCAGCAGUCUGACUGAUUCAUCAGUUGCUUUAUUCCUUAGUAUAAGACAGCUACAUUGGAAGCCCCCCAGAGUGGCUGCGGAAACCCAGCCAGAUGGGCAGGGAUAAACGUUGUUGUUGUUGUUGUUACAUGGACUCCUUUUCCUGCAGCAUGGAGUUCCGCUGUUCAAGAUUCCAGCCACUCCAUUCUGUCCCCCUGUUUUCCACAACACCCGCCCCGCUCCUGCCAGUAAUUCCACGGCCACUGAGCAUGCUCAGUCUUGAUUAGCCCGUCCUUUGGAAUUUUCUCCUCUGAAGAUUGGUUAUCCUUCUGCAAAUCUUUGGGUUUGCCUGCUGCGAAUGAACACUCACUACGGGGGGAGGGAUGAGAAGUUUAUUGUGAGAAAACGUGGCUAGCAAGCAAAAUUGGGACUGGCUGUGCAGAUUUGGGCACUUUCUCAUCUUCACAGUGUCAGUGAUAUUUCAUUCCUUUUCCCUUUCUUUCUUUGUUUCCUUCCUCGAUUCCAGGAGAAAACAAACGAACUAGCCGAGAAACAGUCGCAACAGUAAGUCUUCUGCAUCCAGGAUUUCCGCUUCUUUCUGCGAAAAGUUGCUUGCAAAUAAAUGUGCAUGUAGGUUUCGGUUUGCAUGUCGCCCAAACCAAACUCUGUGUCAUCCUGGGGGGUGAGGAGGAUGCCUUCAAAAUAUAGCAUGCAAAUGCAUCAUAUAACAAGCAGUAUUUAUCUUAAAGGCAGUCUCCUAACGAAUGCAAAGCCUAUUCAAUUGCAAAGCAAAUGCUAAAAGGACCUGGUUCUCACAGUACAGCAAGCCAUGGUUUAUUCGUGCUUUGUGUGAAUACCUGAACCUAGUGCAGCAGACUAGCCCUGUUUUGUUUUCUGGGAAGAAAUUGUAGCGCAAUGUCAUCGGUCGUUGCUGUUCUCGUUGUUUUUGCUAAUUAUUCACAGCCUGGAGAAAGGGGAGCGAGAUUUUUCUUCUUCUUCCUACCACUAGAACUAUUGGACAUGUAGUGAAGCUAGAUUGGAAGAUUCUGGGUGGAUAAAAUAAAAUUUCCUUUUAUCUAUUCCAAAUCUUCUGACAUUCAGAUUCAACUCCCAAGAGAUAGCCUUUAAUAGGAACAUUUCUUAAUUCAAUUUGCUUCUGCGGUUGCAUAACCAUUCUGGAGAGAAAUACAACCUCGGUUUUCGAGCGUCUUGGAAGCAGAAUGAUUUGGAAGCUGAAAACUGGGAAGUAAUUGCUUCCGUUUUCGAAUGCGCCUCGGAAGUCGAAUGGUUUCCGCUGUGUGUUCUUCCAUUUUUUCAAUGGAUUUUGCCAGCCGCCCAUUGAUCCUUGGUUUUCGAACAUUUCAGAAGUUGAAUGGUCUUCCGGAACGGAUUAUGUUCGAAAACCGAUGUUCCAUUGUACUUCCUCCAAAAGAGGGGAUGAAAAAAGGGUCGGAGUGGAGUAAAUUGGCUUGAGUCCAGAUCUGCUUCCUGACAUGUGUAUUCUGCAAUUCUGCUCAAGUACAGAAAGGCCUCAGAGACCCCAGAGGGAUUUGGGAUUUAGCAUCCACUUAAACCCCUAGGAGAACCUUCGAACGUCACCCAAAGGCAUCAUUCUGCCUGCUGGUAGCAGGAACCAAUGUCACAAACCUGUGUCCCCUUCCCUCCAAUGCCUGGCCACACACAACAUACAAGGCCACCUCCUGUGAUUCCUAAUUCAUACCCUAGAGUCCCUGAUACUUGUCUAUCUGUUUGUUUAUUGCAUUUAUUUAUUGCAUUUAUAAGGGACACGGGUGGCGCUGUGGGUUAAACCACUGAGCCUAGGGCUUGCUGAUCAGAAGGUCGGCGGUUCGAAUCCCUACGACGGGGUGAGCUCCCAUUGCUCGGUCCCUGCUCCUGCCAACCUAGCAGUUCGAAAGCACGUCAAAGUGCAAGUAGAUAAAUAGGUACCGCUCCGGUGGGAAGGUAAAUGGCAUUUCCGUGCGCUGCUCUGGUUUUGCCAGAAGCGGCUUAGUCAUGCUGGCCACAUGACCCAGAAGCUGUACGCCGGCUCCCUCAGCCAGUAAAGCAAGAUGAGUGCUGCAACCCCAGAGUCGUCCACGACUGGACCUAAUGGUCAGGGGUCCCUUUACCUUUAUUGCAUUUAUAUCCCACCCUUUUCUCCAGGGAGCUCAAGGUGACAUGCAUAUUGCUCCCCCCCCCAACCUCAUUUAAUCCCCACAACAGCCCUGUGAGGUGGGCUAGACUGAGAGGCAGGUAACCAGCAAGCAAGCUGGCUGAGCGGGGAUUUGAACCCUGGCCUCUCCCAGAUCCUAGUCUGAUGCUCUAACUGCUACACCACGCUGCCUCUCACACUGCAAAUUUUGCUUCAGAUGCAUAAUCCACGUGGGUUGCAGAAUGCUGCUUGCCUUGGCACGGAAUUAGGGUUGACCGCCUUACAGAAGCCUGAUCAUCUCUUGCGGUUGUUGUUCUGCUUGAUGCUGACAAACGGAGUGUGGAAAGGACAAAUGUCUCUGUGUGCCAAGUCCGGCCUUUUUCGCUCUCCUUUUCUUUGUGUUUAUUGUGGCCUUAUCUUGUUUGCACAGCAACUCAGCCAGGCUCUUUUAGUGUCCUUUAUUUGCUCGGUUGCAUUCCUCCUCCGAUUCCUUAACAACCCGCGAAGGCAUCUGAUGAGAGAAGGAGGGGACUUGAUUAAGACAAUCCAUUCAGACAGGCUUGAAUUAUUAUUGCGGCAAUCUAUAUAUAAAGCAAAAACAAAAAGCAGCACUUCGUUGCAAGGGGAAGAAUGAAAGCAGAUCCAGAUUUCCUUGUCCUCUUUAGGUAAUUGGAACAGUCUUAAUAUAAGGGAGCAGAGCUGGUGGGUGCAGUCUCUCUCUGGAGUCUAUCAUUUUGGUGAAAUGAUCCCAUAUGAUUUUAUUUAUUCUUUUGGAAUAAACAACCAGUCUUGGCGCCUGGAGACUGGAGAGACUGUAAGGAAACGCUGGUGGGAAGAAGAGGGGCAUAUCCUUCUGAAAAAGAAGGCUGUUUCUCAGGAAGCUGGGGUUAAGCAGAGCCAUGUGGUGCAGUGGUUAGUGCAGCCUAUGCCAACAUCUGGCACUCUCCAGAUGUUUUGGACUAUAGUUCCCAAGUGCCCCAGAUUUUCUACAGGAACCUCAGGCGGAAUAGCCAUCCCUGCACCGAUCAAAACCCUUCCACGUUGUGCCACAUCCAACUUGCGCAAUUUCAACUUUGUGCGCUUGGCAGCUGGCCGGCUGAACUCGCCCAAAUUAAAUGCACGGAAGGCAGAGAGCUUAAAAGCUCUUUUGGGGCAGCUUUCUCCCUAAGCUCUCCGCCUUGCAUUCAGGGCUCUGGGAGGCUCUUGCGGAAACCCAAGGCGGUUGUGUGAGAUCUUGCGAGGGUCUCUCAGAGCCUGGUGAGCAAAGUGGAGGUUCGAAGAUCUGUUUGAAGAGGGGUGGUGUUGGGUUUGUGCGCGAACUGCAUACCUGUAGCUCUGCCGGGAUGCCUCUCAACUCUGCGCUUGUCUCGUCAGCCAGGAUCCUGCGUCUCUCUCCCGCUUCACCAUCAAAGACCUGCUGCCCGAUUUGCAGCACGUCCUUUUCUGGAUGUCGAACUCCAUUGAAAUCCUCUACUUUGUCCAGCAGAAAUCCCCGGUUUACAUCCAGAGCAUGGAGGAGGAGCUGGACAUGA